AUGAGUUACAUUCUUGGCCCCUGCGCCUCCGCGCCGAGCGCUUCUCCGCGUCCGCGCCGUGUCCCUUCGAGCGGGGCUUUCUCCCUGGGGCCGGCGGCGAGGGGGACCCUGUCCCGCGAAGAACGGCCCCGGCGGGUGGCGGCCCUCGGGAACAAGAAAAUUGUUGAUUAUUCUCAGUUUGGGGAUUUGGAAGAUGAUGAUGAAGAUUUUGCCUGUAUAACUGCACCCUCAAGCAAAAAAUCCAGAACGCAGCUCAAGGAUCCAAAGAAGGAGAAAAAGGAGAAGCACAAAAAGCCACAGAAGGAACUGCCCCUGUCAGAAAAGCAGGCACCUAGUAAAAGGAUAUCCUUGGAUGACAAACUUUAUCAAAGAGAUUUGGAAGUUGCCUUAGCCUUAUCUGUCAAAGAAAAAUCUGCAGAUAUCCUUGAGGUGCAAAAUUCAGAAGAACAAGGUAAAAAUAUCAGAUCAGAAAAUGUACAGAGGAGACCACUUUUCUCCAACUGCAGUGUUGACAGUGAACUUUUAGGUCUCAAUCAGGUUAUGGACGAUGACAUACCUAGUGGUGAUGGUAGGCAAAGGACGGCAGCAUCUAAAGUUCCAGCACAUCAGAAGUUACUGACUGUUGACAGUGAUGAUGGAGAGCAUGCUACUGACUCUGAGCCAGAGUCUGUACCCAGUGAGGAGUCAGAAGAAGAUUCAGAUUAUAGUGAAGGUGAUGAUGAAGACUUUGCUGUGGAAAAGAAGAAAGCCAAAGGAAAUAAAAAGAAAACCAGACAAAAGAUGCCAGCUGAGAGAGAGAAGAAAACUCUCAAAUCCAAGAUUGAUACUUCAGCAUCACCUGUAGUUUCUCCUUUACGGAUAACGGAACAAAAAUCUGAGGCAACACAAAAGAAAAUGUCCAGUUCUGCAGAACCAGCUGGGAGGCCUCUACACACAUCAAGCCCUGUAACAGAUAAGAAGCCCAAAUGGAUACCACCAGGUGCAUCGGGAAGCAGUAAUAACUCUAUGAAAUAUGUUUCAGUGAAGUCACCUACUCAGUGUCUUAGACUCGGCCUCUCCAGACUAGCGAGAGUCAAACCACUGCAUCCCAGUGCUCCCAGCAGUUAAGUGUUCAGUGACAAGGUGCCACGUGAAGGAAAAGACUUUGGAAAGGGUUUUGCUUAUAAAUAGAGGCUGGGCAGCAAAAGCUUCAUAGUAUCAUCUAUUGUGGAGGACUGUUGGUUAUGUACGUGUCUAAUACCGUAAUGAGUUUUUAUUCUGCAAAAUGCUAGGCAGCCUGAAGUGCUACUGAACAACAGCAUUAUUUAAACGAGGUGACACCUGGACCAGAGAUGUGGCCUUGUGAUAAUUUUCAUUCUCUGAUAUCUGGACUCUUAGCAUUAAAAUAGUCUAGACAGCACUGUCAGUUAUAGAAUUUGAUGUCUCAGAUGGAUUCUUAACACAAGUGAAAGCCACUGUUUAAAAAAUAGAUCUUGGAAGAGUGAAGUUAUCACUUUCCACCUCCUUCCUGGGAAGUUUGUCACCACUGUUUCAAAAUCUGUUAACAUUUGCAUACCUUAUAUGUGGAUUUUAAUUAAUUUUUAUGUAUUAUAGAUAUAAAUGUUUUUUAGAUUGUUGGUCUUAAAAAAAAAAAAGAAAAAGAAAAUAAAAUGCUUUAUAUAAUCUAAUGAAUCAUAUUAAUUGACCAUCCAUUUUGAAAAUCACUUCUAAAUUUUGGCUACAGCCUGGCAAAUAUUUCUUCAUCUGCAUAAUCUCUUGGAAGUCAGCAUCAUUAGUCAGGCUCGGAUGGUGAGGAUUUUGCUUUGAGCUCCUUGGUCUUUGUGGAAGACCCCAAUACUGUGCGUAGUUAGCGGCUUUGGUAAAGCAUUGAAGUGGUAGUUACUGAGUAAUGCAGCCAAGCUUUCAAAUGUAUUAGUCCACAUGUAAACCAUUUCCAGUCUGAGCAUCUUGACCGUCAGAUGACACAGCAGAUGCAUUUCUGCCUCUAUUCUUUAAGGGAUCUGGUCAUGACUGGGUGAAUUGCAUUAGCAAAGGAACAUGUAGCCCUGUUCAGAAUAAUUACACAGACAAAAGCAUGGUGCUGCCUAAAGUAAAAUUAGGGUAUGACAAAUUACUUUUUAACUGUAUAAUACUCCCAUUAUUAAACCAAGAUACUAAUAAAUGCAUAUUUACUAAAAACAA